UUGGAAUCACACAGAAGAUCCACACUGAGCUAUAGGUUAAAUCACUUAGAAAUUGGUCAAAAAGAUCUUUGGUUUUCUGUCCACCUUCUAUUUAUUCUCUCUGUGUAUUGGAAGGUGUUCUCUUUCAAGGCAUCAUUUAAAUUUAGAAAAAAAAUGAAGAAAAUGCUUUCUGUGGAAUCCUGGAACAAGAGGAGUUUUUUUAUCCUACUUAUUAUUCUGACCUUGGUUUUGAUUGUGCUAAUUGUAGGCACUGCAAUGACCACUCAUAAAGGAGGAGCUCUGCCAACUCGAAAUGCAAAUAUUACGUUGGAAAUUUACAUUGAUUAUCAGGAUGCGUAUAAGGAUAUAAAUUCAAAUGAUGCAUUAGAGUUUAUAAAGAAAUUACAACCAGAGCUGGAAGCACUUUGCAAAAGAGCGGACCCCGAAUCCUUUGAAGCUGUCCAAGUUAUAAAAUUAACAAAUGGAAGCGUUAUCUCAGAGAGUGUGGUGAUGUACAGCUAUCAAAACAAUGACACACAUAUAAGGUUUCUCAAUACCCGGCUUGAGGAUGUGCUGACUGAUAUCUUCAAUGACACAAAAAACCUUGACAAUGUUUAUCAGGUUUUCAGUACCAAUGUGUCAUUUAAUGGACUCAGCUUGCACCCGCCAAUGAUCACAGACAUUGAACACCUGGAGCCUUUUGUCGACUGCUCCCAUUUUAAAAAUUACACUGCUGAGAUCAUUAGAGGUGUAUGGCAGUGCGUUGGACCCUGCAAAACUAAUCAUGAUUACUGCCAACAACGUGGAGAUUGUUUUAAUGACAUCAAUAAAGGACCCGUGUGCAGGUGCUAUCAAAACAGUUUCGAACAAUACUAUGGUACAAGAUGUGAGUCCUUCCGCAGAGGUCCAGGUUUCUAUGGUGCACUGUUUGGAUCUCUGGCUAUUGCACUCCUGCUUUUGAUCACCAUUAUCACCAUUGUGAGGUGGCGUAAUGGAGGAUUUUGGAAAAGACAGUCAAUCGACAUAUCACUACCUUUUAAUGAAGAUUUCUUUGAUUUCUCCAACAGACGGAAUCGGGACUUUGAUUUACAGGGAUCUUACACCCUACACGGUUUUUAGAAAAUAUGAAACAGCUUUGCAGGUAUUCUUAUUUGCUCUGUAUUCCUAUGUAUCUAUAUUUAUCUAUUCAAAUAACAACAUUGUUAUAUUUUUGAAUACCCUAUAAGAUAAGAAAAUCCAAUGCAAUAAAUUGCUUACAUUGUUCCCACAUGUAUACUCAAAGAUAUGCUCUGAAUUAUUAACAUUUUGUUUGUGUGAUUAAAAAAACAUGAAUGCUGUUUGGUGUUGGUGCUGAAAGGUGUUUCUUUAAAAUGUAAAAAAAAACAACAACAAAAACUCCAAUACAUCACAGAAAAAACUGAGUAUAUUUAUCAGGAAAAGAAAAUAUAUGUUUGAUUAAUCAAUCGGUUUUUAAAAAGUUUUGAAUUUUGGUAUUUUUUUCAAAAAUUGACUGUAAUCAAAUGUACCAUUUAUGUGGCUUCAUAUAAAAACAGUUCAAGAGUAGAAUAAAAGAGUGUAAUAAAAAGAGAAGGGUCGUGUUUGAAUCAUGAGAAGUGCC